CGCAGCCCGAAGCCAGAAGCCCGAAGCCAAAAGCCCAAAGCCAGUAGCUCGAAGACGGAGCCGAAGUUUUAUCGUAAAAAAGCUUUAGUUCUCUUUGCACUGGGCAGAGCGAACCCUGUCCCGAUAACCUCCAUAAUGUCCCAAAUCACCGUCACAUCGUCAGUGUCAACCGCCGUCCCGGAGCCUCUCUGUCCCCCUGUCGAGAUUGGAUCAAUCUCGGAGCAAUCACUUUCUAUCACUGCGAGUACGGAGGACACUUUGUCGUCGGAUGUCGCUAGAGUUGACAGAGGACGAGAACUUUUAUUCGACGUCUUCAAUGACAGAUUUCCAGAACAAACAACAUCUGGAACUGCCAGCAGCAGCUUCAUUGGCUACUAUGAUGACGUCAUACCAGACACAUCAAACUUUACUAUAUCGUGGAGAAGCGAUUUACGUCAAAACAACGUAACACAACUAAUGUACGAGCAUGCUAAGCUCAUUGUGGGCUACAUCUGGACUCUAGAUAUUGUUCUUCAGGACUUGAAGUUGAUGUCAAGUGGUGAGACUGAAAUAAUUUACUACACCAACAAAACAAAAGAUGCGUUUGGAAAUUUGCUGUGCUCCGUUCACUUCAUUUUAACCCAAUGCGAUUUCGACGCAGCAUUACUGGAUCAGCUAAUUACAACGCCCCCUGUUGACUAUAUUCGACCAGAUAGCGACUGGGAAGUAACGUACAUAAGAGAUUUCAUCGUACCGGAGAUUACUAGCUACAUUUCAGACGCGACCACUGACUUAAGUGAAAUCAGUUUUUCAAAUUCAUGUUCGGUUUAGAGGGAAUAUUCACCCUGAUCCAACCAACUAGAGUUGAAACCGAGACUGGAUGAGUCUGGUGCCUUUACCACAGGAUCAACACAACAUGGAACAAGGUAAAAAUCGAUAAAGGUCUAACACCAUGACGUCACUGCCAAUGCAACUGGUGAAGUAGACUUUUGGGGGCAAAUGGGGACUUUUUCGCUAGGUUGGGACUUUUUCGCUAGGUUGGGACUUUUUCGCUAGGUUGCAACUAUCAUGAUUGAUCUUGGUUAUGUGCGCGUGCUCAGAACAACGUAAAUAAUCAAUUUACAUGGUAAGUUUGCUGCCACCUAGCGUUUCAAAGUCCCACAUUAGCCAAUGUUGGUGAUGCUGAAGGUAAUCUUACGAACUGAAAUUGAAAUGAUUGUCGGCUAAUUCUGUGACCAACGCUCAGUAUAGAAGAAAGCGAUUGCAAAGUUUCCCAACGAAGAGAAGAAGAUUGCCAAUGGUAAUUAUUUCCUUGUAUAUAAGAAUUACAAGUCACUUUGCAUGGACCCGAUACAAACUUGACACGCAUUCAAUUUUCCAUUGCUAUCCUACAAAACAAAAUCUUGCCAAACUAUCACGGGAAUACGAUUCCUAUUAUAGCAAAGUUGAUAACAACUUUGCCUGUUAUGAAAAAAAUGUAAGCUGUGUUUUAACGGCAGAUCAGUAUUAAUCCAUGUUGAAAACAUAAUUAUUAAGAAUAUUUGUCUGUAAUAAUAGUAUUUAUAAAUUUCUCUAUGGAACUUAAAAAGAACUUUGGUUAGACUUAAGAUGUAGGUCUAAAUCUAAUAUCUAUGUAUAGUGAUGCAUAUUGUAGUUUUAUUGUAUUUGAAAAAUAUUACUUGCAGUAAUUAAGUAAUUUUUUAACGAGGGUAAAUGGAGCUUGAUAUGAGCUAAAGUUGCGGUGAAUGACAGUACUAAACGUUGGCGUGUGUGUUUAAAAAGUGUAUAUUUAACUUCUAUAAUAACCAUUCCCUGUUUUAUAAUCAUUUUAGAUUUUACAGGUCAUAGGCGUACAAGGGCGGGAGUGGGGGGGGGGGGGCUGCAGGGGAACUGCUUUCAAGAAUAUUUGUGGGAGCAAUUAUUCAUUCAUUUGUUUAAUAUUUACUAAUAUGGUGACUUGAUGAGUUGUGCCAAUCUGACUCAAUCAAGCAUAGUGUUAAAGGGUGGUUAGGCAGUGUCCAAAUUAGCGUCUAUAUGUAGAAACGGCUAUGGCUGGAUAACCGCGCUAUGUAUUGUAUGUAUAGGACUUACUAGGCAUCAGCCGUAGCCGUAGCUGUAGACACGCCAAUUCGGAUACGGCCUUAAAGGCAGUGGACACUAUUGGUAAUUACU